UGUUUUGUNUACUGUUGGGGUUUUGUUUUAUAUUAUUCUUUAUUUAUUUUUAACCAUUGAAUUUUGUUUUAAUUUAUGGCAAAUGAAGGGAUGAGAUUUAACUGUUGGGGCUGCUAUUAGUAAGUCACAACAGCCCUCUUACCCCAAGGAUUAAGCAAGGGGGAAAAACAUGUUGGAAAAUGGAAAUGAGAGUUUAGAACUGAAAUUUCCCAUUUGAUCUCCUCGUUUCCUACCAAGAAUUUCACUUUUAAUUCUUCACACCGUCAGUCAUUUACAUCUCUCUCUGGCUAUCUGCAAUGGGGGAUCCCUCUCGAAUCAUACCACGGAGCAGUAGUUUCAGACCCGAGCCUACCAGGCGUCUGAUCGAAUCGAUCCACCUACUCUUAUCGUCUCACCGCAGUCUCCUUGCGCUCAUAUGGGCCGUCGGAUUCGUUGUGAUCGUCUCCUGGCAGAGGGUGGCCGUCGACAGGUUGUGGGGCCCGCGUGCCCUGCCCAUCCCCAGGCUCCGAUCCGUCGUCUUUAACCUCACCGACUUCGGGGCGGUGGGGGACGGCGUCACUGUUAAUACGCGAGCUUUCGAGAGGGCGGUUUCGGAAAUUCGACGGCGGGGCGGCGGGCAGCUGAAUGUGGAGCCCGGCCGCUGGCUGACGGCGCCGUUUAACCUCACCAGCCAUAUGACUUUGUUUCUCGCCCAAAACGCUGUUAUUCUUGGAAUUGAUGUUCAAAACUCGUUAUGCUUUUUAUUAAGCUUCAUAAUCUCAAGAAUCUUGCCUAAGCCUAUACUGGUUAGGUGCUCCGUGGCUUUUGAAAUUGAACUAAAAGACGAGAGCUAUUGGCCAUUGAUGCCUCCUUUACCAUCCUAUGGUUAUGGAAGAGAACGGCCGGGCCCACGUUAUGGAAGCUUGAUCCAUGGCCAAAACCUCAGAGAUGUUGUCAUUACCGGACAUAACGGCACAAUCAACGGACAAGGUCAGGCAUGGUGGACCAAGCAUCAGAAUAAUCGUCUGAACCACACACGGGGCCCGCUCUUGCAGCUCAUGUGGUCUAGAGACAUUCAUAUAUCUCAUAUAUCAUUUCGCGAUUCCCCUUUCUGGACCCUUCAUCCUUACGACUGCCAGAAUGUCACUAUCAGAAAUGUCACCAUAUUGGCUCCUCUGUCUGGUGCCCCAAAUACCGAUGGAAUCGAUCCUGAUUCAUGCGAGAAUAUGUUGAUCGAAGAUUGUUACAUAAGUGUUGGGGACGAUGGUAUUGCAAUCAAAAGUGGGUGGGAUCAGUAUGGAAUCGCUUAUGCACGCCCGUCCACCAACAUUCUAAUACGCAACGUCAUUGUGCGUUCUAUGAUAAGCGCAGGCGUAUCAAUCGGCAGUGAAAUGUCGGGUGGCGUCUCGAACGUCACAGUCGAGAAUCUGCUUGUCUGGAAUUCCAAAAGGGGCGUCAGAAUCAAAACGAGCCCUGGCAGGGGCGGAAAAGUCGUAAACAUAACCUACCGUAACCUGACACUACAAAACGUGCGCGUGGGCAUAGUUAUAAAGACUGACUACAAUGAGCACCCGGAUGAGGGAUAUGACCAAAACGCCCUUCCUAUUAUCGAGAACAUAAAUUUUGAAGGGGUUCGUGGACAGGGGGUUCGGAUCCCAGUCCGCAUAUAUGGCAGUCGGGAGAUUCCCGUGACGAACGUCACCUUCCGGAACAUGUUAGUCGGGAUAACUUACAAGAAGAAGCGGAUAUUCCAGUGUUCUCACGUGCAGGGGCGUGUGGUGGGGAGGAUUUUUCCGGCACCGUGUGAGAAUCUUGAUGUGUAUGAUGAGGGAGGGCGUCUGAUCAGGCGGGCGACGUCUCAGGAUAGUACUGAUGUGGAUUAUGAUUAGGAAAAAAACAAUAUAAAUGAUUAAGAUUAUGUAACUAGUCCAAAUUGAGGGGACUAGAGAAAAUGUGUAUUUCUGGAAGGAAUUUUGUGAGUUUUCAGAAAUAUUCGUUGAAAUAUGUAUGAGGAUGUACAAAAUUUGAUGGUGUAACAUUUUUGCAAAGAAUGUUUCUUUUGUAGUUUACAAGCUUAUGAAUGAGUGAAAGAUGAAUAUUGU